AUUCUAUAGUCAACUUUAUUGAUAUAGGAAAUAAAGUAGAAAUGUUUUCUCGGGAUAUUGGAAGGAAAUCAAAUGUAGAGCCCAAAAUUUCAGAUUUAGGCCUAUCUAGAAAAAUUAAUGUUCAAUCGAAUGUAAAUAAAGGAAUAUAUGAAUGGAAAAUAAUUUUUGACAAACCGACUAAGGAAUUAAACAGUAAUGAGCUAGAAAUAAAAAAUAAAUUUUUAAAGGCAGAUGAGUUUAUUCCUACACAAUCAACAAAAUUUCAACAGCACCAAGAUGCCAUAUACAUUUCCCAAUUUAUUGACACUUCUAAGAUUCUAGAGGUAAAUAA